AGGUUUGGUGAGACAAGCAGGAAAAAAUGGCAACUCAGGUAAAUCAGUCCUCCAUUAUCAGCCGCCUAGUAUUACUAGCCUUCCUAAAAGUCAAAUAACAAGACAAAUGUCUUUCAUCCAUCUUACACUUUCGUUACAAACUAGGCUGCAAACAAAAAAAAAUGCUCUGUUUUCUUCACUUAAACAACCAGUAGCAGCCAUGGUGUUCCAUGAUCGAAAGCUCAUCUUUGAAUCACUUGAUAAUUCUACUGGUAAAACUUGUAACAGUUAUUAUUGUAACCCAAAAGAGAAUCUUUCUCCAAUUUGUCCAAUUUCAUGUAUGUAUAUUUGUUACCCAAUUUGUAGUUUUCCCCUGUUUUCUGAAAUCGAACCACCAUUGCCACCAAACUUUUUCACCCCCAAAGUUCCUGUUUCUCAGUCUCCACAUAAACCCAUUAUUUCUAUCUCCUUGAUUAUUCUGUUUUCUGUCUUGGCUACUUCUUUCUUCCUUUUUUGUUGCUUCGUGGUUUACAGAAUUCACAAAGCAAGAAUUUUGUCACGACCGCAGGAACCAGUUGAAGAAGAAGAGUUUGGUGAUAUCGUUGAUGAAGAUAUUCAUGGGCCUAUGGUGGAUCACCCUAUAUGGUAUAUUAGAACAGUGGGUCUUCAACCAUCAAUCAUCAGUGCCAUCACGAUUUGCAAGUAUAAAACAGAGGAAGGAAUAAUUGAAGGAACAGAUUGCUCUGUUUGCUUGUGUGAGUUUCAAGAAGAUGAAACUCUUAGGAUUUUGCCAAACUGUAACCAUGCUUUUCACAUACCUUGUAUUGACACUUGGCUUAGAUCACAUACCAAUUGUCCCAUGUGCCGUGCCGGCAUUGUCAUUGCCCCAGCUGCUGAUCCAUCUUUGCCUGAACAGAAUUCAGGGCGGAGACAUGAAGAAGAAGCUCAUCCGGGAAUUUCAGAGAAUGGCACAGAAUUAUCUCUUGACAUGGAAAACGAAGGGGAGUCAUUAGAACUACGCAGUAUGGAUAUCAGUGGAAAUUCCAAGGAAGAUGUGGGGAAUGGUACUAAUGAAGGAGUACCGUUAAGUGAAUUUAGUGCGUCAAGGAGAUCAACAUCAUUUGAAUCUUUAUCUACAGCUUCAACAUUAACUUGUACUUCAGUAUCACAGAGUUGUGAGAUGUCAGCACGAAUGAAAAAUCUUUGUUUGGACAGAGCAAUGCAAGAACAUCAAAUGAUAAGAAGAAGCCAGAGUGCUGUUCUUCUUCGGUGAAGCUUGGCUACAGCAAAGCGCCUAAUUCCAGCUCCUUUUCGCCUUUUCUUAGAUAAUCCAUCAGACAUAUGAAAUGUCUCAACAACUCUUAUAAAGAUGAGAGUUUUCCCUUACCCUUAUCCCACUCUCCUCCCAUUGAAAAUCUAAACUAAUACUUCAAAAAAAAAAAAAAACAGAAUUGUAUCUAUUACAUUACAAUGUAUGAGAUACUGAAUAUUAGUUGUAAUAAGUGGUGUAGUAUAAAAAGUUUGAUGAGAAAUGGAGAUCAGCAUUCAGCAAGAGAAAAAAGAAUUUCUCUUAUAUUUGUCAAGCAAA